AAAUUCACUAAUAUUUGAACGUGAUAAUCUAUGGUAUUGUGUAUCACAGUGUAAUAUUUUAAAGAAUAUUAAAUUUAAAACCGAAUUUACUACAUACAUUUUUUACAGUUUAGUAAUAAUUAGGAAAUCUGUCAAAAAGAAUAAUAACCUAAGUGCUUCACUUUGCUGUAAUUCGUAUUAGUUUAUAAGACGACGUUUUCUGAGCUGGAUUAAAUUUACGGAGUUCCCGUAUUCUCUUGACAUCUAACCUCUGGGCUGUCAUAGAAAAUUUAACGAAGUUCAACUUCAGCAGUACACAAUGGCUCGCGGACACCAGAAAAUUCAGUCACAAGCUAAAGCUGCGGAAAAGAUGUCCAAAAUGAAGAAACAGCAGGGGCACAGUGCCACCGACCAGAAGAAAGCUGCACAAAAGGCACUUGUCCAUGUUUGUGUGGUUUGUAAGGCCCAGAUGCCUGACCCUAAGACUUACAAACAGCAUUUUGAGAACAAACACCCUAAGAACGAUCUACCAGAUGACUUGAAGAAUAUCUAACACAAUCAGUAUCAUCUAGAUUUGUAU